AUGAACAGUUUGUUCUUGUAUGGUUUGUACAACUGCAGUGCUACAGUUCUCGAGCAGAACAUUACGUUUUUGUUGAGGUUCAAUCGUAGCGAUCUUCUUGAAAUAUUGCAAAACGCGUUCGAGAAAUCUAACGAACGCAACGCUCUGCGCGACGCUUUCUUAGAUUGUUUGUUGAAUUAUCAAGAACGACCUUUUGAUUUACCAUGGUGGCAAAAAUUGUUCUGGUCCCUUAUAUUCGCUGCGAUGUUGUUGGUGGCAACGGGUGGCAAUGUCAUCGUCAUAUGGAUCGUGCUCGCACACCGACGGAUGCGCACGGUUACAAACUACUUCUUAGUUAACCUUUCCAUGGCUGACUUGAUGAUGUCGUUACUUAAUUGUGUUUUCAACUUCAUUUUUCUACUGAAUUCUGACUGGCCAUUCGGUGUGGUAUAUUGCACUGUAAAUAACUUUGUGGCACACGUGACGGUCGCUUCAAGUGUUCUUACUCUUGUCAUCAUUUCUUUCGACAGGUAA